UUUUGUGACAAUAUUAUAAUAAUAAUGCUUUGAUUAAAGCGAAGUAAGAGAAUAAAUAAUUGUAAAAUUAUCUAUAUAAGUGCAAUUACAUAUUAUCUUCAAUCAGUUCUUAUUACACACUUGACACUGCUAUUAUAGAGGCUAAAAUGCACGGCAGACUCAAAGUACGAACAUCUGAAGAAGAAAAGGCAAGAAAAGAAAAGGAGAGACAAGAGAAGUUGAAACAGUUUAAAUAUGCAAUGCAAAAGAUUCUUACAAAACGAAAGAAUGGUGAGCAAGACAAAGAGCAAUUGGAUCUAACAGAAAAAGUUCUCUGUUCCAAUCCUGAUAUUCAUACUUUGUGGAAUAUAAGAAGAGAAGUAUUAAUAUCUAUCGGAAAAAUGGCAGAUAAUGAAGAAACCAUAUCAAAAUUAUAUGACUCGGAAUUACAUUUAACAGAAUAUUGCUUAAAAAUUAAUCCUAAAUCAUAUUGUUCCUGGCUUCAAAGAGAAUGGGUCCUUACCACAAGGACAGACCCUGAUUGGAAGAAGGAACUUGAGUUAUGUAACACAUACCUCAAAUUAGAUGAGAGAAAUUUUCAUACUUGGGAUUAUCGGCAUUUCGUCGUUAGUAAGUGUAAACCACCUUUACAAGAGGAAUUUGAAUUUACUACAGAAAAACUGUACGACAACUUUUCAAACUACUCAGCUUGGCAUUAUAGAAGCAAAAUAUUAUUAGAAUUGUAUCCUGAUCUCGUAGGAGGAAGACCAAUUCAAGAUAAUCAUCAUAAGCAUGAAUUGAAAAUGGUUCAAAGUGCAGCUUUCACUGAUCCUGAUGACACAAGUGCCUGGUUUUAUCAAAGAUGGUUAUUGGGUGCAGUGAAAGAGACUGUACGUGUAGUUACAUUUACUGUUACACCACAAAAAACAACAGCUGCCUGGAACAAAUUUGUUUCAGCAGAAUACAUAAGUAGCCAGCUAAAAGUAUAUUUUAAUGAUACAAUAACAGAAGGUAAAUGGAUCUCUUGUAAUGAACAUGAAUAUGAUAAUUUAUGGAUCUUUGACCACAACAAAGAAAUCAGUGAUGAUAUUAUAAAUGUGAAGGUUGAACACAAAAUGUUGGAUGAUGAAAAUGAAAUAAUUACGUGUGAGAAAUAUGAACCUUAUGUAUUUAUAGGAAAGAAUAAUAUAUGUUUCCAAAAUCAAUACUCAGAAGCCGUCAUGAAGGAACUAAAUGAACAACUUGACUCAUGUCGCCAAUUGUUAGCUUUAGAACCUGAUAGCAAGUGGACAUUGCUAACAACAACUGUUUUCUUGCAUUGUAUAAAUGCAUCUUUAUAUCAUAAAGAGGUAGUAGAAAAUCUUGAAACUCUAAAAAAGGUAGAUUCAUUGAGAGCUGGAUAUUAUAAUGAUUUACUAUCCAAAUGGAAUAUAGAGCAACAAUUACCUUGUGACUACAAGAAGAAUAGUAUGCAUUACAAAAAUGGAUUUAAUGAGAAGUUGACGAGCCUACCUCAUUUACAGUAUUACAAUUUUUGUAAAUCUGUUGAUUUUUCAAAUCAAGAUCUUACAUCAUGUGCUUUACCGUGUUUGAAAAAGCUUCAACAUUGUAAGGAGUUGGACUUAUCAGGCAACAAAUUAACUACACUAAAGAAAUUUCCUUAUUUAGAUCUAGAGGUAUUGAACCUAGAAAACAAUCCAGAUUUGAAUUUGGAAGAGAUAGAACUAUUUAAAGAAAAACAUAAAUCUAUAAAAAUCAUAUAUUAGUUUAAUUAUUUAUGUCGCUAAUGUUUUGUAUAUAUAGGUAUAUCAACAGAAAUGGCAACAAAUUAACUACACUAAAGAAAUUUCCUUAUUUUAAUCUAGAGGUAUUGAACCUAGAAAACAAUCCAGAUUUGAAUUUGGAAGAGAUAGAACUACUUAAAGAAAAACAUAAAUCUAUAAAAAUCAUAUAUUAGUUUAAUUAUUUAUGUCGCUAAUGUUAUGUAUAUAUAGGUAUAUCAACAGA